UGUCGCCUGGUUACAGUGAAGAGAGCCGGCAUUUUUACCACAGCAGCCGCAGAACCAACAGCUCGGUAGCAGCUGAUAUAGAGACCGGCGAGCAAGCGAGCAAGCGAGCCACCAGCCAACCACCAGCCAGCCACUAGCCAGCCACUGCACCCGCUAAAGCACCGUUGCCGGGAUGAAGAUCGAGAACGCCCUCGCGCUGCCCUGCCCCGCCCAGCAGGAGACGGCAGAGUCUCAGUCCGGGCUGGAGUUCACCAUAGCGACGGAGGAGGACUUCGCUGACAUCAUGAGCAUGAGCAAAGACAUCUACGGGGGGCUGGACUACCUGCCCACCCGCUACCAGUCCUGGAUGCAGGAGGAAUACCGGCACGUCGUACUGGCCCGCAAGCAGGGCAAAGUGAUAGCCCUCGAAUCGGUGUGCGUUAUCGACGAGGGAGAGACGGUACUGGUGGAGGGGCUCCGCGUCGCCCCCUCUGAGAGGGGGAAGGGCGUGGCCGGGGUCCUGCUCAAGUUCUGCUCCCAGUUCAUCAAGGCCCGGUACCCCGAGGUCAAGGUGACCCGGCUGACCCGGGACGACAAGCUGGGGCCCAAAGACUUCCAGAAGUACCGGCUCAUCACCAAGCAGGCUAUUCUGCUGGUGCGUUUCCGUGCAGAGGACCUGCAGCCCCGCCUCCUGCAGCUGCUGGCGGGGGGUCCCCUGGACUCCGAGUCCGGGCUGAGCCCCCCACCCGUGCUGCUGGAGCCCGGCGAGGCGCGUCGCCUGUUCCUGAGCCAGGGCGUGGUCGGAGGGGUGCUGCCGAACCGCACCAUCCUGCAGGACUGGCAGCCCUUCAAGCCGCUGCCCAGCAACCUGGACAUCCUGCUGAAGAAGGAUGUGGACUGGAUGGUGGACAGCACCAAGCAGCCUCGCGUGGCCAGCCUGUGCACCUUCCCCUUCCCCGUGCCCAUCGGGGACGACUGCUUCUAUCUCAACAUCGACGUCUUUGGCAAGGAGCUCGUCCCCGCGCGCAGGCAGGUCCUGGCCCACCUCCGCAGGCACACCGAGGCCCUCAGGGGCCACGUCAUGUGCCAGGUGUUUCUGGAGCCCGCCCUCUGGGAGCCCAUGGCGGAUUUGUGCAAGCGGGAGCUGGAGGUGGAGAGAGUGAAGGAGUACACGGAGCAGUGCGUGGUGGAGGCUGAUCUUCUGUGAGCAGGAAGGAAAGGAGGCCCUUAGAGAAGUUUUCUGCAGAGUUAACGAAGCACAGUGAGAGGCAGGGUGGGUAAACAUCAGGGGGGUCUUGAGACUUUGUAUAGUUUCUAACACCACAUGCCCCCCCCCCGCCACCCCUUCCAUGGUUAUACUCUGCAUUUGCCAUGGUUUACCGUGUUUAUUAACAUGCUUUACCAUUCCUCGCUAUUCUUUACAUUCCCAGUAAAAGCACAGCACAGUGAGAGGACGGUGAAGCUUAUUCACAAACACGGCAAACCAGGGUAAACUAUGGUAAAUGUACAGUAUAACCAUGGAGGGCAAAAUUAGCAAAAAUACUGCGGUAAACUUUUAUAAGGGCAAGAUGAGAGGGUGCUGUACAUUGAGAUUAAUAACACAAAUAAUAAUAACGUAAACGACAAUAGACGUAAUAAGAUAAAUAAUAAAAUAAACAGAUAAAUGCAAUAUAUAUAAAUUAAAUGCGAAAGGUUCGCUCUCUUUUCUCUGGCGGCGUCUGCUCUGUUUUAAAAGCUCAUUCGGAAGAAUAUUUUCAGUCCCAUCCUGGGCGCCACAGUUUUACCGAUGGACAUUUUUUGCGUCUCAUUCCGCUUUGUUUUAACGUUCUCGUCUUCGAGUUUAGCAUAAAGAAAUUGCCUUGUUCCACCUUUAUCCAACUUCCUCACUUUAUAUCUAAAGGUGUGACUUUAUAUCUACAGGUAUGACUUUAUAUCUAGAGAUAUGACUUUAUAUCUAGAGAUAUGACUUUAGCACCUUUCAUCACAAAGGAUGCCAAGCAUUACACACACAAACACACACUGACACACACACACACACAAACACACACACACAAACACACACUGACACACACACACACACACACACACACACACACAAACACACACUGACACGCACACACACACAAACACACACUGACACACACACACACAUGCACUCACACUCACAUACUGAGACACAGACGCAGACUCACACAAAUGAACAAUUAAAACAAUCUACUACAAAAUGCUAUAAAACUGAAAUUUAAGAAGAGACAAAAAAUGAAAACCGAGCAUUCCCUGCCAUUUAAAACAGUGCAGCCAACCAAAAAAAUAAAAUCAGUUCAUAUUAAUAAUAAUAUAGCUAGAAUCCAGCCUGUACUUGCAACCGUCCUGAAUGUGUGUUAGCUUGUGAUACUACUACUACUACUACUACUACUACUACUACUACUAUUAAUAAUAAUAAUGAGGCUGAUGAUAACAUUCAUAUUUAUAAUAAUAUAUUUUAAAAAUAAAUCAAUGUUCAUUUUUGCAACCGGUAGAGUUAGCAAAGGAAGGAUCUCUCACGAUAAAAGGAAAGAAAAAAGAAAGAAAGAAAGAGCAAGAGAGGCUACAAUUCAUAGUGCAAGGUGUACUACAGAAACGUUCCAUCUUUACCUGUGAUUUGUUUUGUAACCCCACACCAUUAUAACCGUCAACCAGCAAGAUCCGAAUGAAAUCAAACGCCAAGGCGCUGCCGUAGCCACGCUUCAUAACGGCGCAGCGCCGUACAGUCCUGUGUUUAAAAAAAAUAACACAAGAGAAAGAACCGCGCUCAGCCUUUGCACAGUUCUAUCAGUUACACCCGUUUUAGUUUUAUACUCCCUUGUAACAUGCAGCCCCAAGAAAACUCAAAACUGGAACCCAAACCAUCUCAGGCAAGCCGGGUUCAUUCAAACAGACUGAGUCCCGGUGUCUGAGUCCUGGUGCCUGAGUCUCAGUGUUUGAGUCCCGGUGCCUGAGUCCCGGUGCCUGAGUCCCGGUGUUUGAGUCCCGGUGUUUGAGUCCCGGUGUUUGAGUCCCGGUGCCUGAGUCCCGGUGCCUGUGUCCCGGUGCCUGAGUCCCGGUGCCCGAGUCCCGGUAUCUGUGUGUAAAACACAAUCCUGGGGGUUCAGUUAGUGAAACCGUUGGAAUAGCUGAAGACAUGCUUGAUGCGCCGCUGAGAGACGAGGUGUUACAUUAUUCAUUACAAAAUAUUUUACCUAAAGUGUUAGCCAUUGAAUUCUUCCACGGGAAAUACAAGAACGAUGGCGCGGAGAGUGAGACGAAUGCGUUGUUAAAUCAUAAGAAUAUUCCAAUGAUGUUUCUGAAUAUGAAGGAGGAAAAAUAGCCACGAUGCAAAAAGAAAAUCUCCUGAUUUUCCUAAACCCAUAAUACCAUAAUGCUUAAAAAGAGCGAAUGAGUGAAAGAAAGAAAGAAAGAAAGAAAGAAAGAAAGAAAGGCCAAUUUUAUUCUUAUUAAUUGUUUUUUUAAUUAACCAAACGAUCAAUUUGUAUUUAUUAUUCAUGUCAUGUUGUUUUUUUCAUUGUAAAUUUGGACUCGAGAGGCAUUUUUUUAUACUGUUUCUAAAUCCAGCUCUGUGAGAAGAUGAGAAGAUCCCUAAUCUUAGUAUUGUAGCUUUUAGUAUUGAUAAAGAUUGUACAUUUUGAACGACUGGAUGAUUGCGAAUGAAAAAAAUUCUAAAGCGUUUCCGGAAACGCUGUUUAAAAGCGCCAGAUUACUCUCUAUGAAACUAAAUAUGUAGACCUUGAAAUGAUCUCUUUUUAUAAAAACCUGUAAAAUACGAAUGAUCAAACCUUCAAAUAGCGAUUUCUGAAGGAAAACAUGAAGCAACCAAACCUGAGACAGCACUAUCCCAGCCAGAGAGAGCAGCGUAAUACACAGUGUAGCACUGACCAGCAAUGAAGCCAGCACUCACAGACUCUCCUACUCUCCACCCGAUAUUUCUGAUUGGAUGAUCACCUUGAGGUGGGGCAGUCCUCUUGCUUGUCGCUGGCCAAUAGGGUGAAAGGACUACGGGGCUGGGACACGCCCACAGAAAUCCACAGGAAUUCCUCUGAAAGCUAUCGUCAUUGCUUUUUUCGACGCCGCAGUGAGGUGGGGUUCGGGGGGUACACUGUCCCUGCUGCGGGACGGUGGCUUCUCUUGACUGGACCGGAUGAGGGAGGGAAGUCGGGAGGUGCGUUUGGGUUUGGAAUAACGCCUAAUAGACCCAGAUACAAAUUAUAUAUAUAUAUAAAAAAACAUUUUCCAGCUUCUAGACUGAUAUACUCUGGACUGCAGACUUCUAGCAGCGCUGUGGCCAGGGGGACUCGUCAGUAUUUCAAAGAGAAGAAGAGGAGGAGGAAGAAGAAGAUAUUCCCUAUGUGUUUAUUUUUUACCUGAGCUGCUGCUGUUGUUGUAAUAGUUGUUUCUGAGCUGUACUAUAUUGAGAUGCUGUGAUAAGCUGUCGUUGUUUAAUUGCUGUGCUCACUCGCUCGCCCUCUUAACCACCACACUGACAUUGCACAGGGACGGAGGGAGAAACGAUCAGAGUCACGGGAGUCUGUCGGGCAGGAGUCGAACCCGGCUUCCACCGGGGUGGAAAAAUAAAUAAAUAAAUAAAUAAAUAACAAUAAUAUAAUUAAAAGCGUGUUCAUGGUGACACCGCGGCACAAACAUGAAGUCAGGUUUUUGUGUCUCAAUACGGAGCUGUUUGAACCUGCUCGCUAGUAUUCAGACCUUUUUAACAUCGUUGCGUUUGUGUAGCGGGUAUACAAUUCUGGGAAACGCAUUGUAGUCCAUACUGCCUCCAGAAUGUGACUUUGAUCGUUCUGUAGGGUUACAAACAGACCACACACACACUGAGACACACACACUGAGACACACACACACACACUGAGACACACACACACACACACUGAGACACACACACACACACUGAGACACAGACACACACACUGAGACACACACACACUGAGACACACACACUGAGACACAGACACACUGAGACACACUGAGACACA